UGCGGCGUUAGUCCAGGAGCCAUGGAUAGCGUCGGGAAACGUGGUAGCUGGACUAAAGUCGCAAACUUACUAUACGCACAUCCCGAGUGCAACAAACAGGAUGAUCUGACGGUGGUAGCUGUGAAGGAUGGCAAGGAUGACACAAUACUCCUUGCAUCUUGUUACAUGCCUCACGACGAGGAGGCGCCACCAAACGAGCUCCGGAGGUUGGUGGGAGAGGCCGAGAAGGCGAAACGCCCACUCAUCAUAGGCGCGGAUGCCAAUGCGCACAACACAGUAUGGGGGAGUGGAGAUACCAACGAAAGGGGUGAGUCUUUACUAAACUUUAUAUUAAUAAGUAAUUUAGAUAUAGCUAACCGGGGUGAGGAACCAACUUAUAUUGGCCCUACCUCGAAGAACGUCCUUGACAUAACACUCCACACUAGUGGGGGAAUCGGAGUACAGAAUUGGGAGGUGCUUAGUACACCCUCGUUCUCUGACCAUAGGUAUGUAGGAUUUCAGGUAAAAUUCUCAGCCCGUACAAAAAGCGAAACCUUCAGAAAUCACAGGAAUACAAACUGGGAAUUGUAUGAAAGGGUAGUGAGGAAGAAUUUAACCAAGUAUAGGGUAAGUGACUCCCACUCUGAAUUGGAGGAACUGGUAGUCUCACUUACCAACACUCUAAAUAAAGCUUAUUGCAUCGCAUGCCCUCCGCUACAUGCCAAGCGAGGUUCAAAGCCACCUUGGUGGAACAGGGGGCUCGGAGCACUCAGGAAAAAUGUUAGGGAACUCUUCAAACUGGCCAAGGUAGCCGAUGACGAGUUCUGCUGGAUGGAAUACAAGGAAGUACUUAAGGAAUACAAGAAAGAGAUUCGUAAAUGCAAGCGGGAGUCGUGGAAGAGCUUCUGCGGCGAAUUAGAAAAAACAACCGAGGUAGCCAGGCUAAGGAAAUUGCUAUCCAAGAACCCGACUAAUCCAAGGUUACUACGUAAAAAAUGUGGAGAGUGGACUGGAAGCAGUGAGGACUCACUGGAAGACCUAGUCAACACACACUUUCCGGGGUGUACAGACAGCAUAGAUCUGCAACUUCUAGGAGAUAGCGUGGAAAAUGUCCCCCCGGACAUCAUAACGGAAGAAAAAAUACGGUGGGCAAUCGAUGGCUUCGGGCCGUUUAAGUCCCCAGGCACAGACGGUAUCUUUCCAGCCAUGAUGCAAAAAAUUUCCGCAGUGCUGACACCAUACUUGAAAACAAUAUACGAGGGAUGUUUAAGACUAAACUAUGUGCCUGUCCUUUGGAGAGAGGCGAGAGAAUACAGACCAAUUAGUCUAACUUCAUUCCUUCUAAAGACGCUCGAAAAGAUUCUGGACGCCUACAUUAGGGAUAAGCUGCCGUCGGCCAGCAUAUCAAAGGCGCAGCAUGCCUACACGAAGGGUAGAUCCACUGAGACUGCACUUCACUCACUAACCGCGGUAAUAGAAAAAGCUCUGGAGCAUAAAGAAUAUGCCCUAGGGGUCUUUCUGGACAUAAGUGGGGCAUUUAAUAAUGUCUCCUAUGAGGCAAUAAUGGAAAGCCUAGAAGCAGCCCAGGUAGAGUCUGCCAUCCUACUAUGGAUAAAAAGCCUGCUGAGCUGCAGGAAAAUUAAGGCGGAGUGGAACGAAGCCAGGUUGCUCAGACUAGCGCAUAGAGGAACUCCUCAGGGUGGUGUUCUGUCACCACUCCUGUGGCUACUCGUAGCGAAUGAGCUUCUGGGAAAAUUCGAAGGGAAAGCACCCAGACUAAUUGCCUAUGCGGACGACAUAGCUAUAGUUGUUACGGGGAAAUUCCUAGACACCAUCAGUAACGUAAUGGAAAGCGCUCUAAGGGUCGUACAUCGAUGGGCGACAACAGUCAACUUAGAGGUAAAUGCUGACAAAACGGAUGCGGUACUGUUCACAAGAAGGUACAAAAUCCCCGCGUGGAAACCCCCGAGGCUCAACGGGGCGGAGCUAUCAAUCAAGGAUCACACCAAGUACCUGGGAGUAAUUUUGGACAGCAAACUGAUGUGGAAGCUAAAUGUGGAGGAAAGGGUGAAAAAGGCCAGUGGUGCCCUUUACGCAUGUAAAAAGAUGCUGGGUACCACAUGGGGCCUAUCCCCUGGCCUCAUGCAUUGGUGUUACACAGCGGUAGUUAAGCCCAUAUUGCUCUACGGUGCUCUGGUAUGGUGGACCGCUGCAAACAAAAUUUCGUAUAGAAAACCAUUGGAGCGAUUACAGCGGCUCGCUGCACUGUGCAUAACAGGAGCGCUAAGGACCACUCCAACGGCGGCACUUGAAAGGCUACUUGGCCUACCACCAAUCGACAUCGCGGUGGAGAGCACUGCAGCGAAAUCCGCCACGAGAUUGAUGGCCUUAGGUGAAUUCUCCGCAAGAACCUUCGGGCACAGCUCGAUAUGCAGGGGGAUGGAGGACAAAAUAGACCACAUACCCCCACGCUUCAUCUGGGGAAGAAGGUUUAAAGCUACGGUUAAGGAGGGCGGAUGGCGCAUGAGCACGCGACCCGCCGGCGUAACGUAUAACAUCUACACGGAUGGAUCAAAAAUGGCUGAUGGAGUGGGCGCCGGAGUCUAUUGCGCCGAGCUAGACCUCAGGCAACCCUUCAAGCUUCCAGAGUACUGCAGUAUUUUCCAGGCGGAAGUCUUCGCUGUAGGGAAAGCUGCUGAGAUAGCUAGCAACGCAGGAAAUUAUAUAAAAAAUAUCAAUAUAUAUGUCGAUAGCCAGGCGGCGAUUAAGGCCAUAAUCUCACAUCGUAUUGCGUCAGAAAAUGUCCUUAGAAGCAGGGAAGCAGUAGACAGGGCGGCCGAGAGUAAACGGCUGCAUAUAUACUGGGUUCCAGGCCACAAGGGCAUUUUAGGCAACGAAAUAGCUGAUGAGAUUGCCAAAAGUGCCAUCCGUCUUGCUAGCGAACCAGUACGGGAAAUACAAAAGUCGCUAAAAACGAUCUACAAUGAAAUUUCCGAAAGAGCUGGGUGCCGGAUCAGGGGGAGAUGGAACGCAUUAGCGACAUGCAAAACCACCAAGAUCAUGUGCAAUAGCAGCAAAGGAAACACCCAUUUCUUGCUUACACGGUCACGUAGGGAUUGCAGGACAGUUGUCGGCCUAAUGACGGGCCACAACCUACUGGCAUCCCACGCAAGCAGAAUGGGCAUUAGUAACAGUGACGCAUGCAGGAAGUGCAGGGAGGAAGGCAUGAGUAAGACUUCGCUUGCAGAGUUGCGCAAACCCUGUUCGAAAGGCGAAAGCCUUGCGAAUGAGAUUAGCAAGGCCAGCUUUCCGCUGCCCGCUGAAAAUUUACGACAGAAUCCACGACGUUAUGCUAAUGAGCUUCAGUAUGAAAACGAUCCACAAGACUUUGUAGAAAACGAGAUAGACGAAGUUCGGAAAUUAAAUAACAAAGUGGUCUGCUGGAACUGUCAAGGUGAAGGACACAGUGUCAAUACCAAUGAUUGCACACCUUCAAUCAUACGCCCUGAUGUGUCAUCGAAAACCAGUCCGCCUAUUCAUAAAAUCGUACCGUAUAACGUUCGUCUGCAGAAUUAUAAUAUAAUUAGAGACCGUAUUUUUAAUAAUGAGCAUAAUGCACCAUCGCCUGUUAGUCGUUCGGCCAUCCGUUUGAAAAAGUUUUGGCAAAAUGUUAAAGCCAAACGCAAAUGCUUGAAGAGAGUUGGGUGUUCUAUUGAAAAAAAGACAUCAGAUUUAAGACCUUAUGCAAAAAUUGUAUUGCUAGACUCUGAAUAUCUAGGACUUUUAGAUAGUGGAGCACAAGUGUCCUGUUUAGGAUCGUCGAUAGCAAAACUAGUUUGCGAACAGAAACAAUUGCGUGAGCACAAAACUUCUGUAUGCACUACAGACGGAAAUAAACAAGUAGUUUUUGGUGUCAUAGAUUUGCCAGUAAAGUUCGAAGCUAGUCCGAACUAUGAAAAGCCAUUUAUUAUACAAUGUGACGCCUCCAAACUUGGAGUUGGUGCGGUUUUAUCACAGAAAAAUGAAGAUGGAAUCGAAGUCCCAAUUGCCUAUUUUUCGCAAAAACUUAAUAAGGCUCAAGGUAACUACAGUGUGACUGAGAAGGAGUGCCUUGCAGCUAUCCUCAGCUUAAAGAAAUUCAGAGCUUACGUUGAGGCGCAAGAUUUUACCAUUGUCACCGAUCACGCUAGUCUGCAGUGGCUGAUACGUCAGACAGACCUAUCCAGCAGACUAGCGCGAUGUUCUUUAAAACUGCAGGGAUUUAGAUUCAACAUAGAGCACCGAAGAGGUUCACAGAAUGUAGUACCGGAUAGCUUAUCGCGUCAAAACUUUGAAGAAAUUUAUGAGUUAGCAGUCCGUCCGUUAAUUGAUAUAUAA